AUGUUACACGAAGCAAUACUUUUAGUAUUCUGCUUGUCGACGUUUGUUCUAGCGCAAAGAGAAGAUGUUGUGUUGUUAUGCAGAGAAAGGCACCUUGCCGCAUUUUGCAACAGGCUCGGAUCAGCUUGUUCAGAGCUCACGAACACUCCCAUACCACAACAGAUGGUUGGUGAUGAGUAUGUACUUCCGAUGCCCAUAUCAAGAUGUAUAGCUUCAGAAUACUAUUUGGCAAUUUGUUAUGUGGAAUACUCUCCCAAAUGGUGCAAUGCUUGGAAAGAGGAAUGCGGCGUUCAAAGCCCUAUAGGACAAUUCACGGAGGACGAGAAGCAAUGCAUAGAGAACAAAAAGUUUAUUGCCGUAUGCAAUGCUCGAUACGGCAGUGAAAACUGCGCAACAUGGGUCACGGGUUGCAAAAUACCGAGUAUGAAUGGCAACUUAGCGUUAGGCAACGAUGGAAGGACUUGCAUAACCACUCAGUGGGUUCUGUUAACGUGCACAUCAACAUUCGGUCAGGAAUUUUGCAUCAAACUUGAGCAGGUUUGCUGCUCCAUGUACGGCAUAUCUGUUCCACAGGGCACUUUCCAUGUUCUCCCAGAAGUUGUAACCAAGUGUAUUUCAUCAGAGAACUUUGUGGCUGUUUGUUAUGCCAAAUAUGGUCGCGGUCAGUGCCAGGCAUGGAUGCAAGAAUGCAGAAUAACAAGUUCACCAGCACAGUUGACUGACUCAGAGCGAAAAUGCAUGGAAAGCAGCAUGUUCAUUUCAAUGUGUUACAAUGAUUACGGUGCUCAGAAAUGCCUCGGCUGGAGUAAGAUUUGUAACGCAGUUGAUGCGUUCGGAAAAAUAAGUCUGGGAGACUCCGGGAAAGACUGUAUGAGAACACGAGACCCGAUAAUCAUGUGUAAAGCCAAAUAUGGUCCAGUGUAUUGCAAUCGGCUUGGAAGUGCUUGCUCUGAAUUGACUGGCAUUCCUAUUCCAGAGCAGAUGGCUGGGAACAUGUAUAAGCUACCAGAUCGCAUUCUCACCUGCGUAGCUUCAGAGUACUUCAUGGCAAUUUGCUAUGCUAGAUAUGGUGCCGAUGAGUGCAAUGUGUGGAAAAAAGAAUGCAAUGUUAAGAGUCCAGUAGACAAAUUGACACCUGACGAACAGCAAUGCAUGGAAAGCAAACGAGUACUGCAAAUAUGUUUAUCAACAUACGGUCUAGAAUUUUGUACUAAGAUAGAAGCGAGCUGCAUUGCGAAAGUUGGCCUGAUUUUUCCAAAUGACCCUGUUCACAUAUUACCAGCUAGUGUGACUGAUUGCAUAUCUUCAGAAAAUACAUUGCAGCUGAUGCCGUAUUCAUUUGCAAUGCAAAGUAUGGUUCUGCUUUCUGCAGCAGACUUGGAGCUGCUUGUUCAGAGCUCACCAAUACACCCAUUCCUCAAGCGACAGUUGGCGUUGAAUACACAUUGCCGAGCGCUAUCCUCAGUUGCAUUGCAUCUGCCUCGGAAAAAAGCCUCAUGA